GCGGCGGCGCAGGCGGAUCCGGGCCCGGCCGCGCUCUGACCGCAGCGGGGGGAGCGGGCGCCGCCAGCAUGGACUGGGGCAUCGAGCUGUGGGACCAGUUUGACGAAAUAGAGCGUCACACCCAGUGGGGGCUGGAUCUGAUGGAGAAGUACGUGAAGUUUGUGAAGGAGCGGACGGAAAUCGAGCAGGCCUACGCCAAGCAGCUCAGGAAUCUGGUGAAAAAGUAUCUUCCGAAACGGAACACACGAGAAGAUCCAGAAUCCAAGUUCUGCCAGUACCAGGCCUUCCUGCAGGUGGUGAAGGAGCUCAAUGACUUUGCCGGUCAGAGGGAGGUAGUGGCGGAGAACCUGACGACGCGGAUCUGCGUGGAGCUCUCUAAGCAUGCCCAGGAGCUCAAGCAGGAGAGGAAAUCGCACUUCCAGGAGGGCCGGCGAGCCCAGCAGCAGCUAGAAAACUGCUUCAAGCAACUCGAAAACAGCAAACGCAAAUUCGAGCGGGACUGCAGGGAGGCAGAGAAAGCCAUGCUAGUGGCCGAGAAGCUCGACCAAGACCUCAAUGCCACCAAGGCGGACGUGGAGAAGGCGAAGCAGCAGGCCAAUCUGCGCAGUCACAUGGCGGAGGAGAGCAAGAACGAAUACGCCUCCUUCCUGCAGAAAUUCAACCGGGACCAGAGCCAGUUCUACUUCCUGGAGAUGCCGCAGAUCUUCAACAAGCUGCAGGAGAUGGACGAAAGGCGGACAGUGCAGCUGAAGGAAGGCUACGGCAUCUUCUCAGAGACCGAGCAGCAGGUCAUGCCCAUCAUCGGCAAGUGCCUAGACGGCAUGAAGGCAGCAGCCGACUCAGUAAACGAGAAGAAUGACUCCCAGGUGCUGAUUGAGUUACACAAGUCCGGCUUCGAGAGGCCGGGAGACGUGGAUUUUGAAGACUUCAGCCAGCCUAUCAACCGCACCUCUUCGGACAGCAGCCUGGGGACGCCCCGGGGCACCCUGGAUGGCCGGCUGGACCCCCGCCUGCUGGGCAAGAACAAAGGAAAGCGUUGGCUUUUCAGCAAGAAGAAUAAGCUCCCGCCCCCUCCCCUCUCCCCAGUGAUUUCUGCCCCACCUCCUUCCUCGUCUGCCACCAACGGACCUCCAUCCCCCAAAUUCACCCAGGACCCUCUGUCUUACUGUCUGAAUGAGAUCAAUAAGACAGUCAAACCCCGCAUCGCCUCCUUCCGCAGCCUCAAACGGGGGCCUGUGAUCACGGAAGAUUUCAGCCACUUGCCGCCAGAGCAGAGAAGGAAAAAGCUGCAGCAGAAGAUCGAGGAGAGGAACCGGGAGCUGCAGAAGGAAAUCGACCAGAGAGAUGCCUUAAACAAGAUGAAGGACGUGUACCAGAAGACGCCCCAGAUGGGCGACCCCGCUAGCCUGGAGCCAAAGAUCUCCGAGACCCUCAGCAACAUCGAGAAGUUACGCCUAGAAAUCCAGAAGUACGAGUCGUGGCUGGCCGAAGCCGAGAGCAGAAUGCUGAGUAACCGGCCGGACAACACCCUGAGAUACAGCCGCCACCUGGACCACGCCACCACCCUGAACAACAACGGCUCCCACGAGAAGGGCAGCCCUGACGCCACCCACUCCGACGACAGCCAGGAUGCCCUGAACCAGCCGAUCUACACGGAGUUUGAUGAGGACUUCGAGGAGGACCUGGCAUCGCCCAUCGGCACCUGUGUGGCCAUGUACCAGUUUGAAGGUUCCAGUGAAGGCACCAUCUCCAUGACGGAGGGGGAGGAGCUGAGCCUGAUGGAGGAGGACAAAGGCGAUGGCUGGACCCGGGUACGGAGGAGCAAAGGCGGCGAGGGCUACGUGCCAACAUCCUACCUGCGGGUCACCCUGAACUGAGCUUGGGUUUCCCCGCCCGCCUGGAGAGUGGCAGCUGGCUCAUGGAGCUGCAGAGGGGUGGCGGGGAUUGGAGCAACGCUGCUGGCACCUGGGUGUUAGGACUCAGGGGUACAGGCAUGGAAGUGGCCUGUGGCCCUCGUGGGCAAGCAACAGUACCCGCUUGCAAAGCAGAUCGCAUGUAAGGGGAAGGAGAACCCCCCGACUCCCUUCUGCCCAAGCUCCAGCUCUGUGGAAUUUCACAUUUCAGCAUGGCCUCUCAGCUUGUGGGAGAGGUUGCAGUGGGUGCUAGUAAGAGGGAUGGACUGGGUUUCUGGCUGCUGCCCCUGAAUACUCUAUACUGUGCCCCCUCAGUCAGAUCCCCUGUGAGUGAGUGAGUAACUCAACCUCCUCCUAAAAGCUAGCUUAGGGCAAGGGAUGCAGGCUCCAAGGUGUGCUGAGCAGAGCCCAUGUGGGGGCUUAUGGAAUAGAAAGUGUCCUCUGCAUCUAUUCUUCCAUAUUUGUCACCCUGGCUUCUGGGCACCGUCCAGGUGCAUGUUAAGCAGUAUGAUAAACCUCAGUCCUGGGUUGGUUGUUUCCCUCCUGGGAUUCCAACCCAGGACCUGUGGCUCUCUACGUUGGCUGGCGCCAGCCUGGAUCUUAAUGGAACAGAGGUGCCAGCCAGCCAGGAGCCCCAGGCCCUGAACCUCCUUGUGUUCUCUGCCAGGGCCUGCGGCUCUGAAUUCACCAGUCCCUGGGUGAGAGUGAGUGCCCAUUACAGCUGAUGCCACCAGCUCAAUCAUUGGCCGAGCUCCAGCCCACUUCCCCCUCUGCCACGACAUGCACUUUAUUCCCCAGACUCCAGAACGCGCCCAGCCAAGGAAAAAAAGAGCAAAAAGUGCCUGCUGCAUCAAUGAAUCUGUCUCCUGGAGGGCGGGGGACGCUGAUUGCGCUGGUGGGAGCCCAGGGGGCCGAGCUGCAGCCAACCCCUUCCGUGUAAUAAUUAUUAUUUUUUAGAGGACUCUAAUAUAUCAGCCUUUUAUACAGUGACCAAUUACUGCUCAUUUUAGCCUGUGCCUCAGUUAACCUGUAACAUAAGUGUAAAUGUCCCAGUUCUCUUGGCUUCUGCUCACCCUAUGGGGGAGGGAGGGGGCAGAUCCUGUCUCCCCUCUGGUUCUGAGAAGUGGGUCUGGAGGUCGCUGUGCCGGAGCCCAUAGAAUGUAUUUCCACUGCAGCCUGGUGCCUUUUACACUUUAUGUAAAUAGUUGAUCCCCCAUCCCGUGCAGUUUUUAAGUUUAUAAAAACGAUACAGACUCUGGCACUGAGGCCUCCGUUUGUUUCGGAUGUGGGAGGGGAGCAGAGCAGUUGGUCUGUGUUCUGGUAACACUUAGCCCACCCUGCUCUUAGGGAGAGGGGUGCGGUUGGUUGUGUAUAUUACUGUCAUGUCUAGAAGUGCACCCAGCUGAGAGCAGGACUCCCACAGUGGUGGCCUGACAUCCAGGCCUUGUCUUCACUAAGACGAGAUCUACACCAAAGCCCUAUGUCAAUAGUGGGUUUGAAAAUUCCACCCCCUGAGCAAUGCAGUUGUACCGACUUAUCCCCCUGCGUACACAGCAUGAUGCUGAUGGGAGAAACUCUCCCAUCAACGUGGCCACCGCCUCUGGGGACGGAGGAUUAACUACGCUGCCAAGAGCAGCUCUCCUGCUGGUGAAGUAGCGUUUUCGCUCUAGUAUGACAGUGGGGCGGCUGUACUGUGAAGACACGCCCUGAGGGUUCGAAUACACAUGAAGACGCUCUAGGGUAGCUGGGGAAGGGUGUAGUUUUUACACGCGCUAGCAGGUCGAGCUACAAACUGUGGAGGGGCUUAAGGUCUCCUUGAGGCUACGUCCAGUCUUCACCGGAACUUUGCCUUGUGGCAAUGCGUUGGCUAAUGCGAGUUAAGGGCACUUUUUUCCUAAUGUGCUGGAGGGCCUGGCUGGGGAUGUGGCCUGGGACACUUUUAAAUGGUCUGUAGUUAGUUGAGGCCAGCCCCAGCUUUGGAGGGGGUGGUAUGGGGGGGUUCUAGACUACCUCUGUCAAGGUACGUUACCUAUGCCCCUGCUUGUCAUGUACAACCCUUGUGGGGCUACCCAGCAGUAGCAAUGCAUCCUGGUUUUGCAGUGAGGACAGAGCUAAGGAAUGCUCAUCCCUGUUUUUCAUGUGGGGAAACUGAGGCACAGGCAGUGACCAUCCCCCAGCUGCACAGUGGCAGACCUGGAACACAGGGUGCUAGUGGUUUAGGGCAGGGGGACUUGGCCACCAGGACUCUGUUAGCAGGAGGGGGACUGAGAGUCAGGACUUCUGGGUUCUAGUCUCAGCUGUGGGAGGGGAGUGGGCUCAGAGUCUUAUCUUUGCCUUCCAGUGAGGGGAAGGAUAGCUCAGUGGUUUGAGCAUUGGCCUGCUCAACCCAGCGUUGAGU